AUGAGCUCUAUGAGCGAAAUAAAACGAUUAACACCUGAAGAAUUACUUGAAAAGCGUCGUUCAACUUUGAUAUCUCGUACCCGUGCAGCUCGUCUUCAACUUGAUUCAUUGUCAUUGCUCGACACAAGUUAUGAUACAUGUCGACAAACUCUUCGUCAAUGGCGUUCACAAAUGCUUGAUCAAAUUAAUAAAGCUCAUGAAACAUCUCUUUCACAAUUAAAUGAUGCUUAUGAACAAAUAAAUCGUUUUCAUUCAACAAUAGUUAGUCUUUUAAAUGAACAAAAUACUAAUGAUCAUCUAUUAUCAUCAUCAACAAAAUUAGCACAGAUCGAAUCAAGUUUAAAUACAUUACGACAUGCAGAAUUUACGUUUGAUUUUGAUCGUGCUCGACAACUUGAAGGCGAAUUACAAUUAUUAAAAUUGUCUAAUCCUCAACAACAAUUCCGUGCAUUUAAUAAAACGAAUACAAAAUGUCGAUUACUUGUUCCACAUGAUCGAUAUGUAUCAGAUGUAUUUUUUUAUGAUGAUUUAAUAACAAGAAUUGAUUGUCAAAAACCUGAAUGUAUUCUUGUUUGUCCAUUUGAUUUACUUAGUGAUCUUUUAGGAAAUGAUGAAGAAGUUCGUAUUCUUAUCGAUCAAACAUGUUUGCCAUCGAUUGGUACACAAGCACAGCACAUGCGCAUUGACUAUAGUCUUAUUUUACUGCAACCUGCUCAAGAAUGUUGUCCACAAUCGAGUGAACGUGUGAUAAGAAUUAUUUGCAAAGAUUCAACAAAAAUUUUAUCAUGUUUAGAAGAAAUUUAUACUAUUUGUAGUCAACAAGGUAAUAUCACAACGAGAGAGCGAUGUUUUUGA